AUGAGUGUGGCAUUAUGUGUCAGCCUAUACCUUGGCAUUCGCGUGCAAACAAGGGUUCGGAGAACAUUCCACGGCGUUGUUGGGAUCAUAGGCAUCCUAGGUGGCAUGGUUCAUCUCUUACAGUCUACUGCGUCUUUAUUGCUUGGCCUGAGCAUUAUAGUCAUUGGGGCGACUGGAAUCCAUGGUCUCUGGCGUCCGAGUAGUAUUGAAAACGCCGCCCUCAAACGUAAUGGGAAGCAAUACGUAGAGUUGAAAGUUCGAGUGCCUGAUAGUAAGCAUGACUUUUACAUCAAAAGUCGCGGGACGUUCUACAGAGUUGCUUGGGCCACAGGACAAGAUAACUCGCAGCACGAAGCUACAAUACUCCUGCCGCUUUCUGCCAUUGAAGACGGACCUGGGAGUAGGACCAUCAGAGACAAAGUAAGAGUCACAUGCGAUGGACUAUUCCGUGCACCAUUAUCUCCCUACACGUAUCUGGCAAAGGACCUCGAUAUCAUCUCAGCAGAUAGUGGCAUCUUUGAGGGCUACUCUUGCUUCAAAUGGCGACAACGACUUCUGGAGUCCAAGGAUAGCUUAUAUUUCAAAAGUCGGUUAUUUUGGUUUACCACGAGAUCAUACAUUCUAUCUCCCUUUUUCGACCAUCUUAGAAAUGAGCUGAGCUCCUGGAAAGCAGGAUAUACUGUUGUUAUUGUAAUUCUCAUGGGCGACCGGAAUCCAGUCUACGACCCUGAUUUACCACCGUUAUUGACAGGAAAGCUGACCAUAGAUCACGAUACAAAGACAUGUAUGAGAUCGGCCAUUAGUCAAUAUCUUGAGAAGAAUCCGUCACACGCAAAACAGUAUUUUGUUGGAGAAAGUUUAAGGUCACUGCUUUGA